AUGGAUCAGGAGUACUUCAGGAUCAAUGAUUGUUCUACGAUGACGCUCUUCGAUACGCUGGUAAAGCUCCUAACUGAUUCCCUGCUCAACUGCACAAAUUCCGCUGAAAUACCACAUGCUAGCGACUAUUUAUCACAAUUACCAACAUCCUUCGUCAUCGCGUUGAUUUUGGCGACCAUAAUAUGCUUGGCCACAGCUUCGCUUGGUGUUCUCCACAUACUGUACAUCUCUGUAUACAUUACUCAGUCGGAUAGGAGACUAUUUAUUCUCUUCUUAGCGAGUACAGCUCCUUUUGUCUCUAUGCUUUCUCUGGUCGCCAUGUAUAUGCCCCGGGUAUGGUUCUUGUCGCAUCUAAUCAGCUUCUUGUACUUUUCCGUUGCCCUAUGGAUCAUAAUCUGCCUUCUUAUGCAGAUAUUUGAAGGACAUCAUGCCUUAGUGAGCAAAAUGAGCGAACAUUUACAGCAUAUCGAAGUCGCUACACCACCAUUCUGCUGCGUGUUCCCGUGUCUACCGAAAAUUCAGCUUGAAAGCAGGAAAGUCCGAAUUUGCGAACUGAUGGUUCUACAAGCGCCAUGUGUUCGUCUUUUCGCUACGUUAGCGAGUCUGAUGAUUUACUUUGAAUAUCAGGACAAAGGGUUGAUCCCUUUGAAAGUUCUCGAUUUCAUCACUUUACCAUCUUUACUGGCUGGCAUAUAUGGUACACAUAUUCUGGUAACAACAGUGUCUCGACUAGACGAGUUGAUUUCUUAUCGAUAUAUUGUUGUAUUUCGAAUUCUCGAUUUAUUCUUCAUGUUCUUUGGAUUACAACAACCGGUUUUCGAUUUUCUUGCUCGUUAUGGUGCUUUCGGAUGUGGAACUGUUCUACCAGCCAUAGAGACGUCAUUCUUCUGGAAGAAUUUCUUCACUGUGGUUGAAUCGUUUUUCGUGACGCUGAUAUCAACAAUUUUGCUUCAACCGUCAAAAUCGUCGUUUUUUGAUAAGCAUCCUAGUUGCCGAUCGAUCACAUCAUCACGCAACAGUCACACCAAUGAGACGCCUACUUAA